AUUCAAAACAUUCUACUGAUAUCUGUGCACUACCAAUGAAGAAAGGAUACUGUCCUAAGAAGCAUAAGCGUUUCUAUUAUGAUUCUAAAUCUCAACAAUGCUUAGAAUUCACUUACAGUGGUUGUGGUGGUAAUAAAAAUCGUUUCCAUACCACAGAAGACUGUGAACGAGCUUGUAAAAAGCAGUCGAAUGCCAAAACUAGUCAAACUACUGUCAGUCUACAAACUACAACAAGAAUUGUUCAAGUUACAAAGUCUUUAAAAAAGCGUACAGGUUGA